UUUACAUUUUAAAAUCUCGUCAGAUUAUUGAGAAUCGUGAAAUUGUCCGUGCGGCUUCGAGAGCUUUUCCAGAGAGGAAGAGAAAGGUUUUGGCGAUCGAUUUGGCGAUGGCAGAUCCCGAUCCUUCGAAUCGGCGAUGCCGGCUUUGCUCGGGGCAUCUCUCAAAGGAGAUGGAAACGAGCCGUUGGACUGUGGCCCCGUUGAUACGUGAUAGCUUCUCGAUGAUUGGUACUGCUGCUUGUGGAACUGCAAGUGCAUUUUAUGGAUUUAACUAUGCUAUGCCUAUUGUUAGGGGGUUGGUCACUGGGCCUAUGUGGUUACACUUUUUUAUUGGUGUUGAUGCUGUCAGGAGGGAGUUCCAGUCGCUAGUCCCCACUGCACGCUCCACCUGUAAUUGUUUUCUCAUCGGCUUGUGCUGGAUUGGCAGGUGGGGCAUUACCGGCUCUUGCUCAACUGGCCUCCUCAUCAUACCAUGCAGCUGUGUCAUCUUCAACAUUAUCACAUUCCUCCGCGCAUGAAGAUACUAUGAAAAGGAAGACAUCAUCUCCUCUAUAGUUUGCAUCAUUGAUUUAGUUAAACUUAAUUAGACCAAGACUUUUGACGACUGACAAAACCACUAGAAAAGAAAAGAUAUGCCCAUCGUGGACACACCUUCAUCGUCAAAAGGUGUGCAAUUGUUCACUCCUGUUGGAAAAGUUUGUAUAUCUCUUCCACUCUUUAACUUUAGCUGGAUCAUUGAACUCUUGAGCUACUUAUUGUGUGUGAUACUGUUGUUUAGACAAUCGAGAUCAGCUGUGUGGAGCCGUAUUUGAAUGAAUUAUGGUGGGCAUUGCACACGGCAUCUUCAGCUGUGACGAGGACAAACUGCCCCCACAAAUCAAUGCUUUCACCGUCCGGCUGCUCCCUCCUAACCGCGCCUUCAAUGCUCCUCCAACAAUAAUCAGAUUUUAGUCAAGCUCUGAAUCAGCUUCCGAGUUACCCUCCUCCAGCACUUUGCUGCUUGUAUACGAUUGUUGGAAAUUGUCCAUAUUGAAAUUAAAGGUCUGGUCAGUGACUUGAUGAUAAGUCGAUUAUUUAAAUUGAUGGAGCUUUGAUAUGAUGAUAUGAUAUGAAUCUUAUUUCCUUUAUGUUGUGAUCGAGAUAUCUUUUUAGGUUA